CACACUCGCUGAAAUGCCUCAAGCGUGACAGCAAACUGGUUCAGCUGGGUGUCGGGGGGGGAAAAAAGCAAUGUAACAAAACUUUUCGACGAGUCCCACCUGGAGCAGAGGCGCGACGCGGCGGCGGAGAGACCACACGGAGGAGGAGGAGGAGGAGGCGAGAUGGCUGGAUUAAAGUUUAACGGACGAAAGGCUUGACGAGUUCAUGUCAGCGGGACUACAGCAUGGCACGUCGCUCUCAGUGUUCCUCUGAUGGGGAUAACCCCCUGCACCCCAACUACCUCCCUCCUCACUAUCGGGAAGAGUACCGUUUGGCUAUUGACGCACUGGUUGAGGAGGACCUGGAUGGAUACUAUCAGUUCCUCCAAAGAGCAGAUGUGGUGGACUUCCUGUCCUCGCCGGAGAUUCAGUACAUUCAGGACUCUGUCCAUGACCCUCAGCAGAGCAACCACCCUGAACAACGUUGUCUGGAGACUGGUGGAGAUGGCUCCUCAGACACUUACUGGCCCAUUCACUCUGACCUGGAUGCUCCAGGUUUGGACCUUGGCUGGCCUCAUCUGCAUCACUUCAUUGGCCCCACAGAGGUGACCACUCUGGUCAACCCCCCUGAACCUGACAUGCCCAGUAUCAAGGAGCAGGCCCGCCGACUUAUCAAGAAUGCUCAUCAGGUGAUUGCUAUAGUGAUGAACAUGUUUACCGAUGUUGACAUUUUUCAUGAUAUUCUCAAUGCUGCCAUGAGGAACGUUGCCGUCUACGUCCUUCUGGACGAGCAGAAUGCCCAUCACUUCCUCAAAAUGGUGUCCAACUGCAGAGUCAACCUGCAGAGCAUUCAAUUUUUGCGUGUGAGAACAGUGUCUGGCAUCACGUAUCACUGCCGCUCAGGGAAAUCCUUUGAAGGUCAGAUGAUGGAUUGCUUCUUGUUGACAGACUGCAGGGCUGUGCUGAGUGGAAACUACAGCUUCAUGUGGUCUUUUGAGAAACUCCAUCGCUGCAUGGCACACCUUUUCCUGGGACAGCUUGUUUCGACCUUUGAUGAAGAGUUUCGUAUUCUGUUUGCUCAGUCCCGGCCGCUGACGAUGGAAAAUGUGCUUGCUACAAUGGAGGAUCAUAGCCUUUUACAAAAGAGGCAGUACCCAAGUGAAAGAACUUCACUGUACAGAGAGCCAAGAAAAUUUCGCUCUAUGGACGCUGCUCAUUCUGAGGAAUGGGCAAGACAUUCCUGUGAUGAACGUAUGGAUAUGGAUUGGAGAAUGAUGCCCCUUAAAAAGAAGGAAACUGUCCACGACCCUGCAGAUAUUUACAGCAGGUUUCCAUUCCAGCAAUCACGCAUGGAUCCAUCUUUUGAGCAGGGCCCUUCCAGGAUGCCCAUGAUGGAAAGUCCUGCCUUCAAACGUCACAGUUAUGCUGAAGGUGUUUAUGGUAGAUACUCAUUCCUGCCAGGGCCUGAGAAUCAGGGAAGGCAGUUCCACAGGGGGCACCAGCCUUAUCCAGGACAUGACCCAGGAAAAGAAGCAGAUUACAGUGCCUAUGACAAGUUCUGGAACCAAGAUCAUUUAUCUGAUCAGUAUUCUGAACCUGGUCUACUGCAAGAGAUGGAGCCACCUGAUAACUUUGAUCCUGUGCUAAACUAUUUGUCAUCUACCAGAAAUGUAGACUUUGACCAGAGCUCAGAUAAACUACCACCUGCAGCAGAUUUGCCUCUUGGUUCAUCUCAUCCUAGAAGAUUGAGUUUAGGCCAGCCAUAUGCCUGUCAAACAUCUCCCACCCCCACAAAUCCUACUGAGCAGAAGCCGUUUUUCCUGGAACCUAACACUGACCGCAAGGAUCCUGUUGUGAAACGGGGGCUAAGAGACUGGAGGAUUAGCUCAUACCUCAGUGCAUAUGACAAUCCAGGAGAUGAAGGUCUGCCAUUAGCACCACCUAAUGCUGCAGACCCUUUUGAGGAACCUUCUAACAUCACACAGCAAACAACACCAGGCAUAGAUUUAUCAGUCCCUAAAAUUCCCAAUGUCAGAGAGUUUAAGGUUCCUGCAAUACCUAGGGCAAGUCAGAUGCCAGCUUAUGCCAAAAGCACUGCACGAGAGCAGACAAAGAAAUCUCCCGAUGAACCUACAGCUGAGGCAGUGGAAACUAAAAGACCUCCGACACCUUCAGAAUUAUCAUCCACAGCUAAGGGUGAAAAGACAGAGGAGGUAGAGCCAAUGGAGCCAAAAACUGCUGUUGUUCACAGGGAAGAGUCGUUCCGUAGGAAAUACAAUGCAGCAACACCAAGGAGCUCUAGAUUAAGAUAUUCUCUGAUAUUCAGCUCUAUGGAGCAGCAGCACACUUCUCAAGAUACUAAAACUGCUUCCGGCCAGCAGGAUGAGGAAAGUGAGAAAAAUGAGGCUGAACAAACGAAACAAACUUUUGUUUCUCAAGGUUUGGGACAAAGGAGGUCUACUGCAAAAGGACCUUUUGAAUGGAGCCGUUACAUGAAGUCUGCCACGUUUGACAACUCUGCCACAGACCCAUCCAAACCAGACAAUGGAAACAGUAAAGCAGAAGAUAAAGAUUCGUCAAAGGAUGAAAAUUCAAAGGAUGUACAAGAGUCAUUAAAACCGCCAGAUGUAGAGCAAGCAAAUUCUUCACCAUCAGUGCCUGAGUCCAAGCCUGCUGAAGCUGAGCUGCACAAAACUGAUCAACCAAUAAAACCACCCAAAUCUUUGCUCACCAGUCCAUUGUAUGUAGAUAUGAAUGAUCCUGAUACAAGGCUAAUGUUUUUCAAAGAGCUGGCAGCAAAACGCAAAGCUGCUAAGGCUGCAGAAGCUGAAAAGAGCAAAGAGAAAGCACCAAUGAAACCACCAACUGAACUAAAAAACAAUGGUACUCUUAAAAAGGCAGAACCUGCAACACAAGGAACUGCAGAAAAGAUGGCUGACACUACAACAUCUGAGGGUCCAGAACAAAAUGUUACUGCAGAGGAUGGGAAAACAGUAUCCACAGAAAAAUGCGAAUCAGUCAGUCUGUCUUUAGCUGCCAGUGAUAAGACUGACAAGGAUGACGGUCAGGUCGAGAAUGAUCCCAAUACCAGCCAAAGCCCUAACGAAGAACAAAGCAGAGUGUCAGCUGAUUCAGAGAAGAUAGAGUUGAAGGAUAGCCAACCAGCAGCAACUCUGACUGUUCCUGCAGAACCAGAAGCACCUCAGAGCGAACCAUCAGAAAAACCAAAGCUGUCAAAUCCUACUGUGGAAAAGAGUAGCUCCAGUCAUCCACCUACACCAACACAUGUUACUCCUCCUAAUGUUCCUUCUCUAGCACAAGGCACUGAUGAAAGUGAAAAUCUGUGCCUUGAUUCUACCUCAAAGGACUCUGGUUCACUCACUACCAGUUCAGUGGAGGUACAACCAUCUGCAUCUGCAUUGGAUUCUGACAUCUCGAAUCCUGAAUCAGUGCAGGUAGAAACCAGCAUCUCCUCUCCUCCACUGCUGUCUGAGCAACACAGUGGACCAGAGUUCAGCUCCUCUAACCCAAUAGCACAAAGCUCUUCCUCUGAUCACACUCUGCCAGAUUCUGGUUCACGGAUACAUCCAAGUUCUUCACCCUCUAGCUCUAUUCCCCCUUCCUCUCCAGCGGACACCAUAUCCUCUAAUGUUACCACAGACGAAUGGAGCUCAGCACUAACUUCCCCCAUAUUGUCCCCAAAUGCACAGGAAGCUGUCAGCCCCUUAGCCCAGUCAGUUGAGGAAACGUCACAAAAAUCUGCAGCUUCCUCCAUCAUCCAAACAGAAUCUGAGUCUACCCAAGAUCAUCUAGAUUCUGUUUCCCAAUUGACGUCAUCUGAGACCGCUUCAGCAGUCGAAUCUGCACAUGUGGCGUCUGAUAUUUCUCUAGACACAUAUGCUGCUGGUUCAGAGCCAAACGCAUCCUCAUUACAAUCCACAACAAAGGCAGACUCUGAAGAAUCUUGUGCUCCAAAAGUUGAGGGAGAGAAAUAUGAGGUUCUUGGUUCAUCAAACGAUGUCAAAGCUGAUAGCACACCUCCUAGCCCUAGCCCCUCAUCGCCUGAGUUAUGUUUACCUAAUGUAGCUGAUCUGGAAAGUAAAUCCAGGUCUGAUCAAAAAGAGAUUAUUAUUCCUACUCCCUCCGCAGCAGGCCCUCUGCCAGAGCAUUCUUCAGCAGAGACUAGCUCUCCUGCCCAUCCAGACUUAACUCCUAAUGCUUCCCAGUCAGAAACAACUGCAUCUCUUCAAGAUACACCAAUACAAGUGACCCCUCCCUCUGAACUUAACCUGACACAACUUGUCACCCGCUCCCUAGCUGAGACAGUAUCGUGUUCUUCUCCCUCUGAGUCAGUUUACUCAGUUUUGUCCCCUGAGGCUGAAACAACAUUGUCUGCAUUGCACAGCUCCUCGGAUAAUAACUCUCUCCCACAGCAGGUUACAACAGACACAAUGCUCCCAUCAACUGAGCCUACCUCAAACAUCCCAACAGAGACUGAUUUGCCAUGCAAAACACCUGAAUCUGUGACUUCUGAAACACAGCCAUCAGAGCCAUCUGCACCUGCUGAAAAUAGUGAUAUGGACAAUCAAAAUGAAGUAAGCCAGGAGCCUGAAACACCUGACCCUGUUGAGAAAAAUACUGAUGAUACUGAGACUGCAAAUAAGAUUAAUACAACUGCUGUACAGGAAUCAGCCUGCAGUGAGAAAACAAACGACCAAGAAAGGCAAAAUAACUGCUCCCAACCGCCAGUGAUCACGUCAGAUGAAGCAGUUCCUCCAUCGCCACAGUCCAAGCAGCCAAAAUCAAGCCAGUCUCGCUACCUCUCAUCAACAGCCAACGUGCUCUCAAGCAGCAACCUCAGAGACGACACGAAGCUGCUUCUAGAGCAAAUUUCUGCGAAUAGCCAAAGCAGGAACGAGGCUACCAAAGAGUCUCCUGUCACCGAUGACGAGAAAGAAGACGAAGCUGACAAAAAUGCCAAAAGGGAGAAAGAGAGAGGGAUGAGGUCAUUCAGCAGAGGACAGCCCAAGUCAAAUCAGGAGCGCGAGAAGGUGCUGGAGAAGAUCCAGAGCAUGAGGAAGGAGAGGAAAGUUUACAGUCGAUUUGAGAUGGCACCUUAGAUGGGAUCCAAAGAAAUCCGAGAGGAUAAACAGCUCAUCCAGCACGUGAAAAGAGGAGCAAACUCAAAUACAUGCUGAAAUUAUGACCAAGACAUUUUUCUCACCAAAUGGGCUAUCACCGUGGGUUUCCUGCAAACAAGGCAUGUUAUGUGAUGAAGAGGCAGGGUGACCUGUAUCAGCGACACAGAAUUUUAAAGGGUAAAAGUACUUAAAAUACAAAGGAAUACAAACCUGAUGCCAAUCAGAAGCCUGAAAAAAAGCUAUUACCGGAAGGUUUUGUGCAAGUAGUGGUCCAACUAGGUCUCAUCCAAAACCCGGGACAUUGGCAGCGGGGGUCAGUGUUGGGUGAGUCUUGGAUUAUGUAGCAGUGACCUUUGUUGCCUCUGUUCUUCAAUAAAAGUGGAAGAGUAACUGUAUAUUUAUGUGGAAGCAUGCAUUCCUGUUAGCAAGAUUAGCACCAGCACUAUUUUAGCCACAUUCACCAUUGCAGUUUCUGAAUAUUUUUUUUCCAAAAGGUCCAUUUUCAGUGACCUAAAACUGUGUUUGUGUGUGGAUGAAAGGCCAAAACACAUAGAAAAAAGUUUAGAGAAAUACAUGUGUACUUGUGGACUAGGCAUGAGAGUAUAUGUGUGUGAUCAAAUAUGUUUUUACUGACUGCAUGGGUAAAGUGCAAUGUGUGCAACAGGUUGUUUCUAUGAUGAGGUCUGUCCUUGCCUUUUUGUACAUCACUGACAGCCAUUAGAUUAAUGUUCACUGGUUUUAAGACAAGAUGUGACGUUAAAGUAUAAUAGAUUAUGUAAAGUAGGCCGAGGUUGCAAAGCUGUAUUAUACUGUGGUUUAUACUGUAGUAUUUCAUAAUCAUGGGAAACAAAGCUUUUGAUAAUUCCAUGUGUUUGUGAAACAAGUGGUAAUAUAAAUUCAUAUCCUUGCAUGA